GCUCUUAUUUAUACUUGUAUUCUUCUCCCUCAACUCUCCAGUGUCUCUGUGCUUUUGGGGUUUUCUUCAUUCUGCGCAGAGACAGAGGUCAAGAAUCAAUAAUCAUGGAGCUCUUUUACUUGCUAGUUUUUGGGGGUUUAGGUCUUAUCGUUGCAACAUUGGAGCUCAGCAAAAACAACAAAGAUCGAAUCAAUACUUCUUCUGCUUUCAAUUCCUUUAAGAACAAUUACCUUCUUGUAUAUUCUCUCAUGAUGGCUGGUGAUUGGUUGCAGGGUCCAUAUGUCUACUAUCUUUAUACCACAUACGGGUUCGAAAAGGGGGAUAUUGGUCAGCUCUUUAUUGCUGGUUUUGGAUCUUCGAUGCUGUUUGGAACAAUUGUUGGAUCCUUGGCUGAUAAACAUGGUCGGAAAAGGGCUUCAAUGACUUAUUGCAUCACCUACAUUCUCAGCUGCAUCACCAAGCAUUCACCUCAGUACAAAAUUCUAAUGGUCGGACGGAUAUUGGGAGGGAUUGCUACUUCUCUCCUCUUUUCAGCAUUUGAGUCAUGGCUGGUUGCUGAACACAACAAGAGGGGUUUUGAGCAACAAUGGCUGUCAUUAACAUUCUCUGAGGCAAUCUUUCUUGGGAAUGGCCUUGUUGCCAUUUUGGCUGGUUUGUUUGGGAAUCUACUAGUCGACACAUUAGCUCUAGGACCCGUUGCUCCUUUUGAUGCAUCUUCAUGCUUGCUUGCCAUUGGUAUGGCCAUCAUUCUAUCAUCUUGGACUGAAAAUUAUGGUGAUCCAUCCGAAAGCAAGGACUUGUUGACACAAUUCAGGGGAGCUGCUGUUGCAAUUGCAUCCGAUGAAAAGAUAGCAUUGUUGGGUGCAAUACAAUCCCUAUUUGAAGGUUCCAUGUACACUUUUGUUUUCUUAUGGACUCCUGCUUUAAGCCCGAAUGGUGAAGACAUUCCACAUGGUUUCGUUUUCGCAACUUUCAUGUUGUCAUCUAUGUUGGGAAGCUCAUUCGCUUCACGGUUAUUGGGGCGUGCAUCCAUCAGAGUCGAGGGCUACAUGCAAACAGUUUUUCUCAUCUCUUCAGCCUCUCUAUUGCUCCCUUUUAUAACAAGUUUUAUGGUGGCUCCUACAGAAAAGGGUGGAAGCAUCUCGUUUGCAGGUUGUAUUCAGAUGCUUGGAUUCUGCGUAUUUGAAGCCUGUGUUGGCUUAUUCUGGCCUUCUAUAAUGAAAAUGAGGUCCCAAUACAUUCCUGAGGAGGCCCGAAGCACUAUCAUGAACUUUUUCCGCAUUCCUCUCAACAUCUCUGUAUGCAUUGUGCUUUAUAACGUUGAUGCAUUCCCAAUCUCUAUAAUGUUCGGAAUGUGUGCUAUUUUCCUCUUCAUUGCUUCGCUCUUGCAAAGACGACUCCUGGUGGUUGCAGAAAGUUCAUGGCCACUAGAGAAGGUGAGGGAACUGGAGACUGAACCACUCAACAACAUCUGAUUAACAAGAUGAAAGCAAGAGAUUAAGAUUAUAGAGAAAAGGUCAAAGUCAACUUAUCGUAUCUCGCUAAAGGUGUGUGCAAUGUAUUUUUGUCGGAAAUAAGGUCGAAAAGUUGAGAACUUGUUGAGAAUAAGGAGCUUGAUGUACUUUGUUAGAUAGGGGAUUAUGCAGUAAUUGUAGUUUGAUGUAGCUUUAACAGUGGUUUCUUUGUUAAGUUGUUACGUUUUCUUUGUUAGUACAGAAUGCGGUUUUUUUUUUUGUAUGUAUCAACGUUGUUUUUCUUUGUCGGAAAGCAAAGUUUAGCG